CUCGUUUCUCAUUUAGUCCUGCAUCCCUCGCAUUCGGAGGGAUCCAUCUCCGUGUAUACGAUCGGCCACGUACAAGCAUACUUUUUACUCUGUUAAAUCGUCUCAGUGUGUCUGUGCAUCGAAUCGAUAGUGAUAUACUAAUUAUAUUCUUUCUUUUUUCUCUUCGAGCUUCGUACUGGUGAUUUCAGCUGAAAAACGAGCAGAACGAAUAGGAUACGAUGCUGAGCACAGCGACUCAGAAAUUGCAGUUCUUGUACAAGCCGUACGCGUUGGCCAUUGUUUCAGUUGGAUACGUACUUGGCGAGCUAGGUCACUAUUUAAUUGGUGUCACGAGCAAGGCGACGGCAGAGGAUUUGCACUACGGCGACAUUUCCUGCCAAUUAAAUACAACUACGUUAUCCAUCGUGGAUUUACCAAUCCAGUGUGAAGUGGCCAAAAAUGAAAGUUUUUGUACGUCCCUGGAAUUGAACGGGUCCCGCUAUUGCGAAUGGAACUACAACGGCCUUGGUCUCGACUAUCAAAUCCUAGCAGGGCCGAGUUUCAUCGCCGUGUUCACGAUCGUUGGCGUUAUUCUAGGUAUCGCAGCUGACAAGUACAACAGAGUAAGACUACUAACCAUAUGCACGUUGGUGUUCAGUAUCGCCAUAGUUCUAAUGGGAGCAGUUAAGAAAUAUUGGCAACUAGUCAUUCUACGUAUGGUACUAGCGGCAGGAGAAGCGGGAUGCAACCCCUUGGCCACGGGUUUACUCUCUGAUUGGUUCCCAGAGGAACAACGAGGGCUCGUUAUGUCAAUUUUCAAUUGGGGCAUCUAUGGAGGCUACGGUAUCGCGUUCCCCGUUGGUCGUUACAUUCCAGGACUAAAUAUCGGAGAUCUGGGAUGGAGAGCAUGCUACUAUGGAGCUGGUAUAAUCGGACUGAUUAUAGCUGCUCUUACUUUUACUCUUACCGAACCACAACGAAAAACAAUCGGCGAGGAGGAAACGAAUACCGAUGGAAAGAAAGUGCCAGUUUGGAAAGUAAUCCUACAACCGAGGAUUAUAGUAUUAUGCUUGGCUGCCAGCAUCAGACAUUGCGGUGGAAUGUGCUUCGCUUACAAUUGCGACCUCUAUUACAGAGAUUACUUCCCCGACUACGAUUUAGGCUGGUGGCUGUUCGCGGUGACUAUAGUGAUCGGUAGCAUCGGUGUUGUGGUCGGUGGAGUAAUUAGCGAUAAAUUUGUUGCGAAAAUGGGUAUUAGAUCGCGAGUUGCUGUUUUGGCCAUCAGCCAAAUAAUUGCUACACCGUUUGCAUUUGGCUCGGUAUACUUCAAUCCUUUAUGGGCUAUGAUCACCCUUGGCAUUUCGUACUUCUUUGCCGAAAUGUGGUUUGGAAUCGUGUUCGCAGUGGUCGUAGAAAUAGUUCCUCUUCACCUCAGGUCAACUACUAUUGGUGCCUUUUUGUUCGUGAUGAACAAUAUCGGUGGAAAUUUACCAAUACUGGUCGAACCAACCAGAAUGGCCAUCGGAUUUCGAGAAUCUCUUUAUAUUUAUUAUGCCGGUUUCUAUGGUAUUAGUUCUAUUAUGUUCUUCCUAACCAUGUUCUUGAUGGACGGAGCCAAGAAAGAAGAAUCGAAAACGGAAAUUAGUAGGAAACCAGAAUUUGGAUAUGACAAUAAUACCUUCACUAACGACGAAGGACGAGUACCAACUUUAGAACUUCCUCGAUUAUAUCCACCACCACCACAUCGAUUCGAAAAUUCUAGGUUAUAGAAGAUCAUAACUUCGUAAACAUCAAAGAUUGGUUGUAAAUACAUAAUAUCGGGAUUGAAAUACAAAACUAUUUUAAAUGUAUUCAUGUAAGAAGCCACGUUUCACGAAAUGUAAUGUCGUCUACAUCGAUCGAUUCGUUUUAACGCGUAGAUUACAAAAAUACCAAAGUUAUUCCGCGAAAACCUGUUAUUACUGAAAUAUUUCAUUGCGAAAAUCUCCAUAUUGUAAUUCGAUCUUUUAAUGCAGAUAAUAUCGAUCUCAUUUUAAGCAACGAUAUAUCGUUUAAUGCAUUAAUCGAUUUCUAAUCGUUAUUAUCGAGAAAAUAUAGAAGAAGAAAGGAAAUAGCAUAACAAGUAGAAAAGCAAAGUAUUUUAAUUUAAGAUUCUCAAGCUUAUAUAAAACGUUGCGGGUAAUUUAGACCGAAAACCGCGGUCCCUACUUUACCCUACUGUCCCACCCUGUCCCAUCCAAUCGUCCUUCCAUUUAAAGAAUUGAAAAUCAUCUUCGUUUCUCGAGAAAUAUCGUUGAGUUGUAUUUAUCGAGGUUCACCUUUAUGGAAAACAUACUUUUAUUCACUUCGCCCUUACUGCUCACAAUAACUCAUAUGUAUGCUGUAUUUGCACUACCGUGUAGAGAAGAAUAGAUAUAAGGAUGUAAAAACCAAAGCUCCUCAAGAUCCGAAAGGUCAAAUGAGGCAUCGAUAAACAAAUGAAUAGACAAGCUAUGGGAAUAAUUAAUAAAAUUAUUUAUUUUAACUAAUAACAUUUUUAAGUGUUAAAAAUUUGUCAUUGUUUAUUCUUGCAAUAAAAUUGUCUUUGUAGGGUAAUUUUAAUGUUUUUAUAUACUACGUAUCAAAAUAAAUCGAUUAAUUAAUAUAUAACAUAAUGUGUAUUUCGCGAAACGUGGCUUUACUAGCAAUGUGUCGAACUUCGACUUUCAUGACAGCUAUUCAAAUACGUAUGACGUUUUGUUUCUUCUUUCGCCGCGAAAAGUAUGACAAUAGGAUAAUUACUUUCUGAUCAAAUUUAAUAAUUAAAUCGAAAUUAGAUCUCGACAGGUUAAAUUAUAUAAAAUCUUCAAUAAUCGAAAUUAAAAUGUCCUCUUGAUUAAAAAAUUCAAUUUUUCAUUGAUGUUACAAAAUUUUGAA